ACGAGUGGUGCUGUUAUUUGUUAGCAUGUUGCUAACAGUAUGUCCACGGAGUGUAUUGCUGACCUCCGUUAACGCUCAUGGCAGCACCGUCCACUCCCGGCUCCUCUCUGACCGGAGAGUUCAGUUCAGCGGCUGCCGGUACCAUUAAACUUGUGCCGGUUUUAACGGCUGCUCAGUCGAAAGGGAAGAAAAGAGUCGCGAGUCCCGCCUCAGCGCAGCCGCUUCAGACCAACAGCAGCAAGAAGAAGAAAGUACAGUCCUCAUCAGGCGCUGGACAAGCUCAGAUUUUGGUGGUUGAUUCAGCAGAUGGGAAGUUGCUUACUGCAGCAGAUAUCUGUCCACCACCUGCAGAGCCUGUCUCCAAGCCUUUGCCUUUUAAAGACCCAAAGUUUGUGCACUCAAGUAUUGGUGGGGCAGCAGCGGGGAAGAAGAAUCGGACAUGGAAGAAUCUGAAGCAAAUUCUGGCAGCAGAGAGAGCGCUGCCCUGGAAACUCAGUGAUCCAACCUAUUAUAAUAUAGAUGCACCUCCUUCAAUGAAGCCUCCUAAAAAGUACUCUGAUAUAUCAGGAUUACCAGCAAACUACACAGACCCUCAGACCAAACUGCGCUUCACUUCAUCUGAAGAGUUCUCCUACAUCAGGCUGCUUCCUACAGAUGUAGUGGCUGGAUAUCUGGCUCUGCGAAAGGCCACCUGCAUCGUGCCCUGAGAGAAUAUCACGCACAGAUAAACGUACCUUUGCUGAAUGAUUUUAAGAGGUACAGACAGGCCUCGAACCCCUUUCAGUAGAUGUCUUAAGGAACUUAAGGUACUACUGAGGGCUUCAGUAGAAGGACAAAUAAAUCAUAAAAGAGACUUAUAGAUUAUUGUUUUGUAAGAAUUGUUAUUCAAUUGCCAGGUGCAUAUAUAGUUCAUUGCAGACAUCAGUGGUGAACAUCUUCAUCCAGGUGUUGGUUGUUGGAUGCGUCAAGUUAUUUUGUAGGUUAUUAUGAGUUUCUGUAACUUAUUUGUAAAUAAAUAUUUACAUUUUGAAGUGGU